AUGAUGAACAAUGACAUGGCGCAGCAAAUGCAAAAGCUCUACGAGCGCAAGGCCAAGGACGUCGAGUCCAAGUUACCGUGGUACAAAAACCCGCUCAAGGACUACGACAUUGCGCCGGUUGUCGUGCUCGACAAGCCCUUUGAUGCACCGUCCACCGACUUUCUCAAGCUGCCAAAGGCGACGCGCCACACGUCGACGCACGCCAUGUUCCCAGAGCAUGACGAGCCCCGCUUGCAAGCCAAACUCAAGCCCACUGCGACGUUUCCGAGUCCGUCGCAUCGCCAUAGCACCCUUCCGACAGACGAAAGCAAGGGCACUAGCCCCAAGCCGACGGUGGAUGCCAAGCUGCGCUACCGCGGUCGUGUGAGCUGGGAAGCCAACCUUCUGGACUCGAAAUCGGAGACGAGUCGCAUGCAGGCCACGUCGCCGCUUCGAAGCCCCAAGAAGGCGGCGACAACCACCCAGUUGAGUCCGCUCAAGAGCGUGCUCCAACACAGUGUCGGCGACCGUAAAUCCGCUCUCGUCGAGUCGGCCGAGCACGACCAGCUACUGCAGCACAUGCUUCGCCACGACGACGAGAUCGACGCGCUCCUCUCCAAGUAUGCUAUCGCACAAGCGACAAAAGUAGGGGCCCGCGACUCGGCCAUCGCAGCGUACGCGGUGCGCCCCCGCAUGUACACGUUUUCGGACCCACCCCCCCAAGUCAACACCGAGCUAGACCCGUCGGCGCCGUCGACACCGGUCGUGGCCCGGCGUCGGUUUGCCCUUCAAGUUGACAACUCUGUCUCGGACGACGAAGACGGCAACGACGACGACGAGGCUGAUGAAGAUGAAGAAGCCGCCGCCCAAGACCAGCUCAAAGCCACGUACUUUGGGUCGCCAGCCAAGGACAAAUUCUAUGCCACGUACACCAAGAUGCAUCACAAGACCCAGUGCUUCUCUGCGAUCGCGUCAAAAGCAAGUGCACCCGAGACGCUCGUGUCCGAGUACAGCUUCAAGCCUGUCGUGCACGCGCACCGGCUCGAGCGCGUCGCAACUGAAAAUGAAAUCAAACUGUCGCCGCGGACGCUGUUUUUGAGCGACUGCCUCGCGUCCACGGACCUUCCCCUCGCGCUGCCGCUUCUCCUCCGAAAGCACCACACGACUUCGUUUGACUUUUCAUAUCAGAGCUUGGGCGACAAGUUUAUCGUACAAUUUGCCUCGGCGCUGCGCGACGUGCCGUUCGUCGAAGAAAUCAACGUGUGCGACAACCGCCUCUCGGACCGAGCUCUCAACAAGCUUCUUCGCGCGCUCGAAGCCAAGCCGAAUUUGACCAAACUCAACAUUUCCCAAAACGAAAUUGGCGCGGCGUCCGCGUCAACGCUCAAGCAUUACAUUGGGUCGACGCUGUGCACGGUCACGCACCUUAGCAUCUGCAACGCCGACAUUGACGACCACGAGUGCGCGGCGUUCAUGUCGGCGUUUGAAAGCAACAAAUCCGUGGUGGACUUGCGCUUGAGCCGCAACCGCAUCGGCGAGGCCGAGAACCUCAACGUCGUCCAGCCCGACCUCAUCACGGGCGGCGAGGCCAUCGGGAACAUGCUCAACGUCAACUUGACGCUGACGCACUUGGAUCUUGCUUGGAACCUUCUGCGCCUUGCCAGUGGCGUCACGCUGGCAAAUGCGCUGCGGCUCAACUACAACUUGUACGAGAUCAACGUCGCCUACAACGCGCUCGGAGAUGCCGGAGCAAUGGCGUUUGGCCAGUCGCUUGAAGUCAACAAGUCGCUCCGGGUCCUCAACCUCUCGUACAACAACAUUCGAUGCAAGGGCGCGUCUGUGAUUGCGUCGGCGCUCUCACGCACGAACGCGACCUUGCACAAGCUGAUUCUCGACGGCAACAAUAUCGGGAAGGAAGGCGGGCGCAUCUUGAUGUACGCCAUGGUGCAAAAUGGCACGCCGAGCGGCUGCUCGAUCUCGAUGAAAGCGUGCAGCCUCAACGACCACAGCAACCAAACGACGUUCGACCCGAUGGAGCCCGGCGGCGUGUACUGCCUCAACUGCGCCGACCCGUACGAGAGUAUGAUUGCGCACGAGCUACUACGCCUCGCCGCGACAAAGCGCGGGUGCACCUUUGCGCAACUUCUGCACCGCCCGACCAAAGAGACACCGCUCAAGCAAGCGCAUCCGAUCAAGCUCGUGCCGCCACCUCGGACGCUCAAGAGUGCUCUGGACAUUACGUUCACCGACAUUGACAAGGACAAGUCGGGCACCGUCGACAUUGGCGAACUUCAGACCGUGCUCCGAGAGCUGGGGUUCCACCCGACCCCCGCCCAAGCCCAAUCGCUCUUUGAGCAAAUGGACGCGGACCGCAGCGGCGCGAUCGAGCCGUGUGAGCUCACAAGCGACCUCUUUCACGCGGUGUACCAUAUCAUCGACACCAACCAAUCGGGGACCAUCGACAUGAACGAGCUACGCGCUGCAUUUCACCUACUGGGGGCGGCACCGACCGAGCGAGACGUGCAAAGCGCCAUGAAGAUCUACGACGUCGACGGUAGCGGCACGAUCGAAGAAGACGAGUUUGUCGAGCUCUUGAAAAACCAAGUGAUUCAGCGGGUACAAAUGAACGCUCAAGACCGCAUUGUGGCGUCUUUGGCUCUGCGGGAGGAAGGCAGUGGCGCCGUGUGGAAGGUGCCGGCAUCAGGCAUCCUCGACAUCACCUUUUCCUACGAGCGAGAACUCAUGAGCGAGCGCGAAAUUAUCGCGUCCUACGGCCUCUCGGAGCGCGGGCUGCAGCAGCUCGUCAAGACAGUUGUGGAUGGCAAAGUGGAACAGCAGCACCAAGAGCUCCUUGGUGCCGCGGUCGACAACACGGAUAUUCGGAUGAGUGCCGAGCAGGCCAUGGUCCUCAUGGAGACUUGUGGCGAGCUCCAAGAGGCGCGGCGUGUCGGGAGCGUCGCUAAGAUGCUGCCGCAGCUUGUGUCGAGCAAGGAAGCGCACAUGCUCGUCAAACAUACGCUGACCGUCCGUGAGCGCUACCACCUUCGGAGCCGCAUGGGGUCGCUGUAUUUUCCCAUCAUGGGGCUUCCCACGGCCAAGUACGAGCUGGACCUGAGUCGCCCACAGGAUCGCCAGGCGGUCAUGAAGCUCGCCGAGAUCGCCCAAGCCGAAAAGCAAUUUUCAAAAACCCGGUCCUGUCGGGGCGACACGUCCCAGCACGGCAACUGGGAAAACUUCCGCAACGAACUCUUUGACGGCAAGCCCGUCGUGCUCACGUCGGCCUUCUUCCAGAACGUACCGUCCAAGGGCAAGCUCGAAUUCGACUAUGUUUCGACGUCGCGGCCCAAGCGGGGCACCAAGCCCAUGUCCACGCGGCGCUUCCAGCAGCUCGUGCAGCAGAUCGGCCGCGAGAGCUCGGUCGAGCUGCAGCGACCCAAGAUGCCCCUGCUGACGGUGCGCCAGCGUUGGGGCCUCGUGCGCAACGCCGUGCGGCAUCGCAAGAUGAAGGCGUGGCUGCACCGCGUGACCGAGGUGUUUCACAUUCGGCACAUAACAUUCGAGAGUGUCCGCGACAAGCUCUUUCAGAUCGAGACGGCCAUUGGUGACCGCUGGCUCUCGGUCAACCAAGCGCACGAAAUCAUCGACUGCAUGCCGACGCUGCACCAUGGCAAGGCGGAGGCGGUCCGCGUCCUGUUUGCCCGCAUCAUCGACCUCGAGAACUUUGCCACCAUACUGGACGCGCUGAGCUUGCCAGAGCAGAAGGAGGUGGCGCGAAGCCUCGGUUGGCUCAACAUUCUCAAUCCCAAGGUCCCCGACCGGUACUAUGAGCUCGAUCUGGCCGUGCGCGACGAGCGUGAGCUUGCCAAGAUCUACGUGGCACUGGCCGUGACCGAGCCCGGUGAAAACUGGAUCAACGAAACCUUUGCGUGGCAGCGCAGCGAGCCCCCGAUCCCUGGCUGGCAGUUGCCCAUCAGCUGGACCAAGGAAGACGGAGGCCCCGAGGAUGGCCCUCGGCGCGCGGGGUGGCUCACGCUCGAGUAUACCUCUGCACCAGAGAAUGGGUGCAACCCCGUGUGGGCGAUUCGCCAAGAGCUCCAGACAAGGGUUCUCUGUGGCACUCGCUUGUACCUCUAA